GGCAUCUAUUUUCUUACGUGGAAGUUAUUCAAUCUGCUUCACGGUGUUACUAUAAUCUAUAAUACUCUUUUCGCUAUUAUUAGUUAAUUACUAUGAUAAUUUCCGAGGCCGAAACUCAUAUAUAAAUCGACUAGGGAGCAUUGUUUUUUUCUCUCAUCUCAUCAGGAAAGGAAUGAACAGCAUGUCCGUCAACUUCCUGGUGGUAUCUCUUCAUACACUGUCCACUGUUGUAUUUGUAGUCUGCCACCAGGCCAUACCGCCGGGAGUUAAUCCUAAAACGUAUCAACAGCCACAGCAAUUCCAUCAGCAACAAGUACCUGUUGCACAACAGCAGUAUAUGCAACCUCAAGCACAAGUUCAGCCACAACAGUUUGUCCAUGAGCAAGUUCCAGUCCAACCAAUACACCAAGCUCCUCCUCCCAGUGGCCACAUUCCCCAGCAGCAUUUUCCCCACGAACAACAUCUUCUUGAUGCAAAAAAUAUUCAGCAUGAAAAAGAUCACAUAGCUGAUCAUUUAGAAGUUCCUAUUGACACUAGCAAAAUGUCUGAGCAAGAAUUACAGUUCCAUUAUUUCAAAAUGAAUGAUGCAGAUAAUAAUGACAAACUAGAUGGUUGUGAAUUGAUAAAAUCUUUAAUUCAUUGGCAUGAGCAGGGUCACAGAGAUCCUACCACAGGCACUGUUACCAAUCCCCCUGAAAAAGUUUUCAAAGAUGAGGAACUAGCCAGUUUAAUUGACCCAAUUCUUUCAACGGAUGAUGCAAAUAAAGAUGGAUACAUUGACUAUCCAGAAUUUGUCCAUGCUCAGCAAAAAGCUUAUCAGCAACAACAACACCAGGGUCAACCAGGACGCCCCUAGUGAUCUCCCUUGAAUUGCAGUAUCGUUCAGAAAAGAGAAGAAAAAGAUAAAGAUAAGACAACAGAUUCCAAGGAUGACAGUAAACUUUACUCGGAUGCUGAAUUGGUUGAGAUGAUUGAACCUGUCCUUCUUGAAUACGAUAAAAACCUCGACGGAUUGAUCAGCUGGGCAGAAUUCAAAGCAGUUGAGCAUUCGUAAGAGGCUUGGAAAACAAGUGAUUUUUGGUCAGGGUUGACCCCUAGCUGUACAGAGCUCAAUUUACUACUGAAGUUAUGUUGAAUCUGAUUCAUUCCCUUUCUUUUCCCAAAGUGUUGUUCUGUUUUUCUUUUGUUAAACUUAAAGGCUUUUGAUACAAAUUUUAAUUUAUUUUUUAAGUAAAUACAAAAUAUUUUCUAAAA